CGUGCGGGGAGCGCGCGCGCGGCGGGGCGGGAGCGGCCGCGCGAGCCGGGGCUGCGGGGCGGCCACGCCACUUCCGCCUCCGCCGCCGCGUGAGGGGCCGGGAGCGCCGGGAGCGGCGCCGGGAACUCCGGGAGCGGCACCGGGAGCAGCGCCGGGAGCGGCCCAGCCGGGAGCGCGGCGGAGGAACCGCCGCCUAGCGCAGCUCCGCGCCGGCCGCCGCAGCCCCGAGCGGCUGCGCCCCAGCUCCAUGAAUGGAAAUCGGCAGCGCAGGACCCGUGGGGGCACAGCCCCUGCUCAUGGUGCCCAGACGUCCCGGCUAUGGCACCAUGGGCAAGCCCAUUAAACUGCUGGCCAACUGCUUCCAAGUUGAAAUCCCAAAGAUUGAUGUCUACCUCUAUGAGGUGGAUAUCAAACCAGAUAAGUGUCCUCGGAGGGUGAACAGGGACGUGGUGGACUCUAUGGUGCAGCAUUUUAAAGUGACAAUAUUUGGGGACCGUAGACCAGUUUAUGAUGGGAAAAGAAGCCUCUAUACAGCCAAUCCACUUCCUGUGGCCACUACUGGGGUGGAUUUGGAUGUGACACUACCCGGAGAAGGUGGAAAAGAUCGUCCCUUCAAAGUGUCAAUAAAGUUUGUUUCUCGGGUGAGCUGGCACUUGCUGCAUGAAGUUUUGACAGGAAGAACCUUGCCUGAGCCUCUGGAACUAGACAAACCUAUCAGCACUAACCCUGUUCAUGCUGUCGAUGUGGUGCUACGACACCUCCCCUCCAUGAAGUACACCCCUGUGGGCCGUUCCUUCUUCUCAGCUCCAGAAGGCUAUGACCACCCCCUGGGAGGGGGCAGGGAGGUCUGGUUUGGCUUCCAUCAGUCUGUCCGACCUGCCAUGUGGAAGAUGAUGCUCAACAUCGAUGUUUCUGCCACUGCCUUCUACAAAGCACAACCCGUAAUUCAGUUCAUGUGUGAAGUCCUUGACAUUCAUAAUAUUGAUGAACAACCAAGACCUCUGACUGAUUCUCAUCGGGUAAAAUUCACCAAAGAGAUAAAGGGUCUAAAGGUAGAAGUGACUCACUGUGGGACAAUGAGAAGGAAGUACCGUGUCUGUAACGUAACGAGGCGGCCUGCAAGUCAUCAAACCUUUCCUUUACAGCUAGAAAAUGGCCAGACUGUGGAGAGGACAGUAGCACAGUAUUUCAGAGAGAAAUACAACCUCCAGCUGAAAUACCCUCACCUUCCUUGUCUGCAAGUGGGACAAGAACAAAAACACACCUACCUGCCUUUAGAAGUGUGUAACAUCGUGGCUGGCCAGAGGUGCAUCAAGAAGCUGACAGACAAUCAGACAUCAACCAUGAUAAAAGCUACAGCCAGGUCUGCCCCAGACAGGCAGGAGGAGAUCAGCAGACUGGUGAGAAGUGCAAAUUAUGAUGCAGAUCCAUUUGUCCAAGAGUUCCAGUUCAAAGUGCGGGAUGAGAUGGCGCACGUGACAGGACGUGUGCUCCCAGCCCCCAUGCUGCAGUACGGAGGACGGAAUCGAACCGUGGCAACACCAAGCCAUGGCGUGUGGGACAUGAGAGGGAAACAGUUCCACACUGGGGUGGAGAUCAAGAUGUGGGCCAUAGCUUGCUUUGCAACACAGAGACAGUGCAGAGAAGAAAUUCUGAAGGGCUUCACAGACCAGCUGCGCAAGAUCUCCAAGGACGCCGGGAUGCCGAUCCAGGGCCAGCCCUGCUUCUGCAAGUACGCCCAGGGUGCAGACAGCGUGGAGCCCAUGUUCCGACACCUCAAGAACACCUAUUCAGGGCUGCAGCUCAUCAUUGUCAUCCUGCCAGGGAAGACACCUGUGUAUGCGGAGGUGAAGCGUGUGGGAGACACGCUGUUGGGAAUGGCCACACAGUGUGUUCAGGUCAAGAACGUCAUUAAAACAUCUCCACAGACCCUCUCAAAUCUGUGCCUGAAGAUUAAUGUUAAACUAGGAGGAAUCAACAACAUCCUUGUACCUCAUCAACGACCUUCUGUGUUCCAGCAGCCAGUGAUCUUUUUGGGAGCUGAUGUCACUCACCCUCCAGCUGGAGAUGGAAAGAAGCCUUCCAUUGCUGCUGUUGUAGGCAGCAUGGAUGCUCAUCCCAGCCGGUACUGUGCCACGGUGAGGGUCCAGAGGCCCCGGCAGGAGAUCAUCCAGGACCUGGCCUCCAUGGUCAGGGAGCUGCUCAUCCAGUUCUACAAAUCAACACGGUUCAAGCCCACCCGGAUCAUCUUCUACAGGGACGGGGUCUCUGAGGGACAGUUCCGACAGGUUUUGUAUUAUGAACUGCUGGCCAUUAGAGAAGCCUGCAUCAGCUUGGAGAAGGAUUACCAGCCUGGAAUAACCUACAUUGUGGUGCAGAAGAGACAUCAUACACGGCUGUUCUGUGCUGACAGAACAGAAAGGGUUGGACGAAGUGGCAAUAUUCCAGCUGGGACAACUGUAGAUACAGACAUUACACACCCCUACGAGUUUGAUUUUUACCUCUGUAGCCAUGCUGGAAUACAGGGAACCAGCCGUCCCUCCCACUACCACGUCCUGUGGGAUGACAACUGCUUCACAGCAGACGAGCUGCAGCUGCUGACGUACCAGCUGUGCCACACGUACGUGCGCUGCACCCGCUCCGUCUCCAUCCCCGCGCCCGCCUACUACGCUCACCUGGUGGCAUUCAGAGCACGCUACCACCUCGUGGACAAGGAACACGACAGUGCUGAAGGGAGCCACGUGUCAGGACAGAGCAACGGGCGAGACCCGCAGGCCCUGGCGAAGGCUGUACAGAUUCACCAAGACACCUUACGCACGAUGUACUUCGCUUAAGUCAAUGACCCGGGAGACACUCACGGAGAGGAGAACUGAGAACUUAAGCCACAUACAAUGUAUGUUUCCAGGGGGUUGGUUUAGGGGCUGUGCCUCCCAUCGUGCUGGAGCUGACGCUGUGCAGGGGCGAGAGGCUCACCCUUAAAUUGACACGAGGAAGAUUGUUUACUUCAUCCAGGAACACAGCACUAUUAUGCAAUAUGAAACCAGCCAACUGCUUUUUUGGGGCGGGCUCCUGUGGGAAGCCACCGCCAUCAUUUUUUUUUUAAUUAUUAUUUCUCGUAGUUUAACCCUCUUCUGCCUUUACCUCAAGUUGCUCGGCAGCACAACUAUUGUUGCAAAAAAAAAAAAAAAAAGAUAGUAAUAAUAAACUAAAAUCUAUUGUGUAAUUUAAAACAAAAAAAACAAACCACCUUUUAGAAACAAUCACAGUGAUUGUUUGGAGAAGGGAAGUGUGCAAAAAAGAAAAUAAGUUUUUAACCCCCGUGCUUUGAGGAAUCUUUCUCUCAGUAUUGCCAUCGAGCGGUCGAAUGUGAACAUAUCCAAGUGCAUUGGAGUGUACAGCACUAGCUAGGUAACAGUGAGGGGGGAAGAUACUUUGCACACUAAUCCAAUAAUUUGAACCUAAUUUAGCCAAUGGCUGCCUUUGUGUCUUUUCUCACAGCUUUGGAGUUCUCAGCUCCAAGAGUUCCCUUUCUAAAGCAAUCCAAGAAGCUCGUGGUUCAUGUGCAGGCAGUAGUGACCCAACUCUUCUUGCUCCCUGGGGGAAUUUACUAAAGCUGCUGUUUUACCUAGUCCAAAAGUUUCAAUUUUUUCCUAUCUGGCAAGUCAAAUCUUUUGAAGCUUCAUGUGAGAUCCAAUGUCCCAGGAUUUCUGGGAUGACAUACAGUAACCACCAGAACUGAAACUUUAGAGCUAAGGUCUUUUUGGAAAAAAAAGAAGCCUGCUACUUUACUUGCUGCCUCUCACACCUUAAUGUGAUUCAUAUGUAUGUGUGUUUGAAGUUUAGCUUCCUUUUGUUUCUUUUAUAUUUAUUAGAGUAAUAAUAAUGCUUUAAUUUAAUUAUUACAGAACAUAUGGUCAACAUCAACUUUUAUUUUUUAGAAAUGUAAUCAUGUUUAUUUUUAAAAAAAGAAACUGACAACUUGUUUUGCUAUCUUUUAGUGCAAUAAGCAUUCUAAAGAAAAACUGUGUCCAUUGAGCUGUACUGAAGCAGUGUCUGUACCACAGACUGUGGGAGAAUGGACACCUCCAGGAUUUUAAAAGGACAAAGUAAAAGCCUUAAUUUUGAAAGGAAAGUUUUAUAGUCAGAAGGAAUCUUGAAUUUUCCUUUUUUAAAUCAAAAAAAAAACUACAAAAAAUGCUUCUAGACUUCUGCAAGCUUUACUUGUCGCUGCAGUCUUUUGAUUUAACAAAGGAAUUGGCCUUAUUUUUGGCUUUGAAAUGUGGAGCAUAUUUGAAUUAAAUGGAAAGAGUUUUGUAUUAAGAUCUCAGUUUUUACAUGCUUAGUUAAACCUAUUUGACAUCAGUAAAAUGUCUGGAAUUA